CACGUAACGUAGCUGUUGGUUGCCAAUAGCCCUGAAAAGACAAGAAGAAGAGGAACGCCCAUUUUGCUCACACUGACCAGGCAUCGAAUUGUGCUGAAAUAUCAACAGAUAGAAGAGGACAAAGAGCUGCAAUGGACGGUGAUGUUGCGGUUGGUGUGAAGAGAGGCUCAGAGGAGCUCAGCAUGUACAGCAGCAGCCCCAACUCUAUGACUGCAAACGGCAGUGACAGUAAGAAACAGCGUCUGGAUGAAUCCCCUCCCUCCAGAGUUCUCCACAUCAGAAAACUUCCCAAUGAAGUGUCAGAGACUGAAGUCAUUGCCUUGGGGCUGCCCUUUGGAAAGGUCACUAAUAUUCUGAUGCUGAAGGGGAAAAACCAGGCGUUUCUGGAGUUGGGUACAGAAGAAGCAGCCAUUACUAUGGUGAACUACUACACAGCUGUCACGCCACAGGUCAGAAACGCUCCGGUCUUCAUCCAGUACUCUAAUCAUAAGGAACUGAAAACAGACUCUGCUCUGAACCAGAGGGCCCAGGCAGUGUUGCAGGCAGUGUCAGCAGUUCAGGAUGGAAGCUCUCCAUCCUCUGACCCUGGAGUUUUGGACCUAGCUCCUCCUCCCAGCCCUGUCCUUCGAAUUAUCAUUGACAACAUGUUUUAUCCUGUCACACUGGAUGUUCUUCAACAGAUCUUCAGUAAGUUUGGGACCGUAAUGAAGAUUAUAACGUUCACCAAGAACAACCAGUUUCAGGCUCUUCUGCAGUUCAGCGACCCCGUCAAUGCACAGCAAGCUAAACUGUCUUUGGAUGGACAGAACAUCUAUAAUUCAUGCUGUACUCUGCGGAUAGACUUCAGUAAACUGGUCAACCUCAACGUCAAAUACAACAAUGAUAAGAGUCGAGAUUACACCAGACCUGACCUUCCUACUGGAGACGGAGAGUCAACCAACAAGGAUCAUUCUUUAUUGGGUACCCCAUCUGGAGCGCUAGCUUCCUACUCUAGUGGAGGAGGUUACUCAUCUUCUCUCUCCCUCUCGCAGGGUGGAGGAGCCAUCAGUCCUCUGAGUGCUGCGGCAGCAGCGGCAGCAGCUGCCGGUCGUGUUGCGCUGUCUGGGUCCGGAGUGUCAGGAGUCCUGUUGGCAUCCAACCUAAAUGAAGAGAUGGUCACGCCUCAAAGUCUCUUUACCCUCUUCGGAGUCUAUGGUGAUGUGCAGAGGGUGAAGAUCCUCUACAACAAAAAGGACAGUGCUCUGAUACAGUUGUCCGAUGGCAACCAGGCUCAGCUGGCUAUGAGCCACUUGAAUGGUCAGAAGAUGUUUGGUAAAGUUAUGAGAGUGACACUGUCCAAACAUCAGACUGUGGCUUUACCCAGAGAAGGACUGGAUGACCAACUACUAACUAAAGAUUUUUCUGGCUCUCCUCUCCAUCGCUUUAAGAAGCCAGGAUCCAAAAAUUUCCAGAACAUCUUUCCUCCCUCUUCAACACUUCACCUCUCCAAUGUCCGGGAUGGACUUGGAGAGGAUGAUCUUCGUCUUCUGUUCUCCAACAGUGGAGGAACUGUCAAGGCCUUCAAGUUCUUCCAGGACCGUAAAAUGGCCUUGAUCCAGAUGACGUCGGUCGAGGAAGCAAUCCAGACUCUGAUGGACCUUCACAACUAUGACAUGGGAGGGAAUCACCAUCUGAAAGUUUCCUUUUCAAAGUCUACCAUCUAACCCUCACACCUGACUCCUUAAGCUCUACGACGAGCGAGGAAAUCACUACCAUUUUGUCUUCUUUUCAGCGUUUUCUUUUAACCUUCUUUGCGCUAUCCCCAAACCUUUAAUUUAGUAGUAAAAUGGUUUGUCAUUAAAAUGUGCUUCCUUGUCCAAAGCUUCAAACUCAAAGU